AUGGCUUUCACUGAGAUCGUCUUUCCAAUUCUAGAGGCCGACGAGAACGCCAGGAAAGCGUUCUACGACAACGUCCCCGGCUUAGUGAAAGCCAACUUCAAUGUCGUCGGCGGCCCAAAAGCAUCGGCAGUAGCUCGCAUCCUUGAAAGCACUCCAAUCAACGCAGAGGGCCACUGCGGCUACCUUGCGAUUUUCAGCUGGGAAAGUCUUGACACGAUCAAGGACUUUAUGAAAUCCUCUGGGUUUGCCAAUUUCAAGAAGUCCCUAAUGGAAUUGGUUGCUGGUCCUCCAGUUUUACAGUUCUUUCAAGCACCUCCUGAUGUUGCACCUGAGAAGACGCUUGAGGGUAGCACACACUUCUUCGUCAUCAAGGCAAUGGGCACUGAGGCCCAAAUCGGCUGGGCGAAAGGGCGGUGGGAUGAAUUAACGGCUAUGUUCUCUACAAUUGCUGGAGAUAAAGUUAAAUAUCACACUGGUCACGGGAAGGAGGUUUGCGAUGGUCACUUCGCUGGAUUUAGUGGUUGGAAAACAAUUGCGGUAGGUUCUUCAUUUGAGGAUAUGCCGCCCAUCAAUCUGGCUAUGACUGCGACUGACUUCCCUCCACAGGCUCUCAAUAAGACACUUGAACAAGCAGAAGUUCAAAAGCAGCUGCACAGUCUGGCUGAAGCUGGCGGAAGCAUUUCCAGUUUUAUCUUGGAGCUCAAUCAUGUCCUCUGA